AUGGGAGCGAAGGCGAAGAAAGAUGGUGGAUCCGGAGUCAGAGAUAACAUUCCGCCCAUCGUACAGAAGGAUCUCCUGCAGAGGGUCAAUUUCUCGCAUCAAGCCAGCAUAUACCUUCAAAAUCUUUCUGAGAGCUCUCGUCAGCAUGAAAGAUCCAAGCAGACUGGGUCGAAUCACCGCAAAGCACCGCGUACAGCGACUUCCGGAUUCGCAAGUCUCGCUCGAAGCCAGAUGAGGAAUGUCAAGAAGAUCAGCGAACACAAUACCUUGAAGCUAGAUGUCACUGCGAAACGUGCAGUCUGCUCCGAGUGCAACGCUGUUCUAGUUCCUGGGUUGACUAGUCGUAUCAGGAAUCGACCGAAUCGAAACCACAUCAAUGUCGUGAACCAGACUUGCUUGCAGUGCGAAAAUGUCACAAAGCGUCCUUGCCCGCCCGUUUCUGAAGCGGGGACGUCAAUGGAUGGACCUUCUCGAAAGUGCAGAAGGAUCAAAGCGGCCAGCAGGAACAAGACGGCGUUCUUUGAUCGAGAGGGACCCGCCGGACAUACCCUAUGGCUGGGAGUCGACAAAGUCCACGGCUGGGGACAGACGACCAUCGGCUCCGACACUGAGGCAUCAAUUGCCAACACUUCCUAA